AUGCCGUCUCCCCUCGUGGUGCGUGGCAACUACUUUCUGCUGCCGCCGAAACACGCGCCUCGAACAACCCAAGCCGGCUGUGCCUUGUCCCGCUGCGGCUCCCAGGAGACAUGGAUCACUGACCAGGAAGUACUCUCUCUACAAGGCUACAAAUCUUGGGCUAAGCCGGCAACCAAGACAGCUGCGAGAGGUCAAGCCUGUGGGGGUAUCGCAACCUUAAUAGCCACCACGCUGGACGUCCAUCACUUUCUAAGGAGCAUCAUAUUCAAUAACAGUGCUGGAGACUCUGUGCACUUUAAUGAAAAUGGAGAACUAGUUGCAGGUUUUGAUCUUACAAACUGGGUGGUGUUCCCCAACGGCUCAUUGGUCAGAGUGAAAGUUGGAAGACUGGAACCACAGGCUCCUCUAGGCAAAGAGUUAACUAUUGAUGAUGAGCAAAUUGUUUGGCAUCAGAGUUUUAAUCAGCCAGGAGACCUUGUCAUUGGUGUGAUUGUUUCUCAGGCUAUCCUCUUGUAUAACAACCUCUCUUUCAUGGAACAACCUACACAGAUCAUGAUUGACGAACCCAUUUCAGUGCCAAAGAACUACCAGCAUAUUCUGGCCUUAGCAUUUGCUGUCAAAGAGAUCAAUGAGAAUCCCAACAUCUUACCAAAUAUCUCUCUGGGGUUCCGCAUACUCAAUAGCUACUAUACUGCAAGGAUGACCUAUAAAGCUACCCUGAGCCUGCUUUCCAUGCAGCAUACGUUUGUCCCCAACUUCAAGUGUCACAAAGAGAACCAUGUGAUAGCUCUCAUUGGAGGGUGCCAGUCUGAAAUUUCUGCCAAUAUUGCCAUCCUUUCAGCAACCCAUAAGACUGCACAGGUCCAUCACUUUCUGAGUAAUACCUUAUUCAAUAACAGUGCUGGAGACACUGUGCACUUUAAUCACAAUGGAGAAUUAAUUGCAGGAUUUGAUGUUACAAACUGGGUGAUUUCCCCAAAUGGCUCAGUGGUUAGAGUCAAAGUUGGAAAACUGGAACCCCAGGCUCCUCUAGGCAAAGAAUUAAACAUUCAUGAUGAACUAAUUGUGUGGCAUUCAAGUUUUAACCAGGUGCUGCCUGUUUCUGUGUGCAACGACAACUGUUAUCCUGGCUACAGCAGGAAAAAGAAGGAAGGAGAGGUAUUCUGCUGCUAUGAUUGUGCUCCAUGUCCAGAAGGGAGCAUUUCUUACCAAAAGGACAUGGAUGCCUGUGUCACUUGUCCUGAAGCCCAGCAUCCCAACAAAGACCAAACUCAUUGUAUUCCCAAGAAAGUAAGCUACCUUUCUUACCAAGAAGAUUUAGGAAUUGUCUUAGCUGUCUUGGCUAUUUCUUUGUCUUUUAUCACCACUGUAGUCCUUGGAACUUUUAUGAAAUACAAGGAAACACCCAUUGUGAAAGCCAACAAUCGGACCCUCACCUACAUCCUCCUCAUCUCUCUCCUCCUUUGCUUCCUCUGCUCCUUCCUUUUCAUUGGAAGGCCUGGGAAGGUGAUAUGCCUUCUGAGACAAAUGGUGUUUGGCAUGGUCUUCUCUCUGGCCCUUUCCAGCAUUUUGGCAAAGACUAUCACUGUGGUUCUGGCAUUCAUGGCCACCAAACCAGGAUCCAGGAUGAGGAAAUGGGUAGGGAAAAGACUGGCGAAUUCAAUUGUCCUUUCCUGCUCCUUUCUUCAAGCUGCCAUUUGUACUCUUUGGUUAGCUACCUCCCCUCCAUUCCCAGAUAGGGACAUGCAUUCAGUGAAUGGAGAAAUCAUCUUGGAAUGUAAUGAGGGUUCAUUUGCCAUGUUCUACUGUGUCUUGGGCUAUAUGGGCUUCCUGGCCAUUGUCAGCUUCAUUGUGGCUUUUCUAGCCAGGAAAUUACCAGACAGUUUCAAUGAGGCCAAAUUUAUCACCUUCAGCUUGUUGGCGUUUUGCAGUGUUUGGUUGUCCUUUGUUCCAACCCACCUGAGCACCAAAGGGAAAUACAUGGUGGCUGUGGAGAUCUUUUCCAUCUUAUGCUCCAGUACUGGCGUAGUGGGUUGCAUCUUUUUCCCUAAAUGCUACAUCAUUGUGCUGAGGCCUCAUCUGAACAAUAGGGAGCAGCUAAUAAGGAUGAAAAAUGAAAAUAAAUAA